UGGCAAUCAAGGAAAUGUGCUACUUUUACUGGAUAAUGCGCCAACCCAUCCUUCAGCUGAAUUGUUAGAGAGGGAAAAUAUUUUGCCUCCUAAUGUGACAUCCUUGCUGCAACCAAUGCAUCAAAGUGUUAUUGAAACAUUGAAACGACUUUAUAGAAAACAACUUCUACGUAGGUUGUUAUCUGUUGAAGAAGAUAAUGUAGAAGUCGUAGUAUCACGUUUUAAGGACAUGAAUUUAAAGGAGUGUUGUUACAUGGUUGUAGAUGCAUGGGAUUUGAUUGAAAGGAAGACUUUAAGCAAGGCUUGGAAUAGAGAUAUGAAUGAGGUAAUGUCAAAGCUACAAAUAUGUCAGGAUUGUGAUGAUGAUGAUAUGAAAGAGUGGGUCAUUUGUGACAGUAAUGAUCACGGCUUUCAGAUUAUGUCUUAUGACGAAAUUAAAAAAAAAAAUUUGCAGCUAAAUAAAGAAGAAAACAUAGACGUGGAAAAUGACACAGGACCAUCUCAUGAUGUAGCAUUUCAUGCCCUGGAAACAGCUCUCAAGUGGUUUGAAAAACAAACAGAGAGUGAUACUGUGAGUUUACUGCAACUGAAACGAAUUCGUGAUACUUGUAUAGCAGCAAUGAAAAGAAAAAGUUACUUACGUCAAAUGACAAUUACCAAAUAUUUGAAACCAAAUUAAACUUAUUACCUACCUAUUUAUAUCAUGAUUACCAAAUGCAAAUUACUAAAUACAUAUUGUAAACAAAUUAUUCGUACAUACGUACCUAGAUAUUUUAUUUCAUGGUUAAUG